AUAUGACGUUUAUCCACUUCCCCUUCAGGGCACCAGAAGAUUCAGGACACGCUUAGCCAGGGGAGGGAGAGACAAUGAGCUCCAAACAGCACUGUGUCAAACUAAAUGAUGGCCACUUCAUUCCUGCCCUGGGCUUUGGCACCUAUAAACCCAAGGAGGUUCCCAAGAGUAAGUCGCUUGAGGCGGCACACCUAGCUAUAGAUGUUGGGUACCGCCACAUUGAUACGGCCUCUGCAUACCAAGUAGAAGAGGAGAUAGGACAGGCCAUUCAAAGCAAGAUUAAAGCUGGGGUUGUAAAGAGAGAAGACAUGUUCAUCACUACAAAGCUUUGGUGGGGUUGCCUUCGAACAGAGAUGGUCAGACCUGCUUUGGAAAAAUCACUGAAAAACCUUCAACUGGAUUAUGUUGAUCUUUUCCUUAUACAUAACCCAGUGCCAAUAAAGUCAAGUGUUGAUGAAUCUCCAUUAGAUGAAAAAGGGACAUUUAUAUUGGAUACUGUGGAUUUCUGUGACACAUGGGAGAUGUUGGAGAAGUGUAAGGAUGCAGGGUUGGUCAAGUCCAUUGGGGUGUCCAACUUUAACCACAAGCAGCUGGAGCGACUCCUAAACAAGCCAGGACUGAAGUACAAACCUGUCUGCAACCAGGUUGAAUGUCAUCUUUAUUUGAACCAGAGUAAGCUACUGGAUUACUGCAAAUCAAAAGACAUUGUUCUCGUUGCCUACGGCGCUCUGGGAACCCAGCGAUAUAAAGAAUGGGUGGACCAGAACUCCCCCGUUCUCUUGGAUGAUCCAAUUCUCUGUGAUGUGGCUAAAAAGAACAAGCGAAGCCCUGCCUUGAUUGCCCUUCGGUACCUGUUUCAGCGUGGGGUGGUGCCCCUUGCCCAGAGUUUCAAAGAGAAUGAGAUGAGAGAGAAUUUGCAGGUUUUUGAAUUUCAGUUGUCUCCUGUGGACAUGAAAACACUAGAUGGCCUAAACAGAAAUUUUCGAUACCUUCCACUGGAGUUGUAA